CCAUCAUGUUCUCCACGUACACCAAGAGGGUCAGGAGCAACCUGCACACCGUCAUAACCAUGAGGCUAGUGCUACAGCUUUUUCUUUCAAUUAAGAUUUAAAAACAACUGCAGUAAAUGUUUUCCCUGUGGCAAGACACAGUUGAAUUCUAACCUAUUUAUUAAAUGAAAGCUUUAAGGCUAAAAUUGUAUUGUAAUGUUGUAUUAUUGAGUGUUGAAGAGGCGGCAGUUGACACAAAUCAUGAACCACAACCAGAGAUUAUUAUUCACGGUCAAUUAUAUCUGCCACAAUUUUCAGUCCACUGGGAGAAAUCUUCCGAUCUCGACUGCGUCAGUUCCCUGCUCUGGUGAACUGCUGUACAAUAGAUUGGUUCAGUCCCUGGCCAGCCGAUGCACUUCUUUCAGUGGCACUCAGGUUCCUUAAUGAUAUCGGAGACUUAGACUUUGGCCAGGAGGCUACAAAAGGAUUGGUGAGUGCAGAGCAAACCAUGAUGUCUAACACAGGUGCAAGUUUUAAUUUCGAUUGCAUAAUAUACAAAUGGACACAUUUUAUUGGAAACCAAAACUAAAAAAUUAUAAUUUGAAUGACUUAUUAUGCCUUUUACCCUGCCUGGGGCAUAGGCUGUCCACAAGAAUUUGCCAUUCAUCUAUUUCCUGUGUAUUACUUCCAGUUGCUUCCAGGUGUAUCCCAUACUUUGUGUGUCUGCCUCUAGCUAGCGUCACCAUGUAUUCUUUGGCUGCCCUGUCUUUCUUUUUCCCUGUUGAUUUCAUGUUAGGGAUUGUCUGUUGAUUUCAUGUUAGGGAUCGUCUGGUAAUGUUAUGUUGGGGUUUACGAAGAGUGUGCCCUAUCCACAUGGAUCUUUCCCUUAUGAUGUCUUCAGCAAUAGGCUCUUGGUAUGUCCUCUCCAGUAAGUCUUUGUUGGUGAAAAGGGGAGAUACUGCAGUCAGGUUAGCAAAAAAGGCAACGAGUAAAACUUUUGCUGCCCUCUCUGAUACUACGUCUCAGCUAAGGGAUAUUUAAAAAUUUUAUUCUGUUUUUUCUUUUGUUUGUUCGCUGACGAAGACUCAACUGCCGACACUUUAGUUGUUUUUUUGCGUUCUUUUUUUUCAGGUUUGACCUUAUUUUGUUUUACUCAUUGCCUUCUUUGUUGGUGAUGAUGUUUCGCCAUUUUAUAUUCAGGAUCUUUCUAAGGCACGCAUUUGUGAAGGUCUGUACUUUCUGCACGAUGCUUGCUGUUGUUCUCCAAGUUUUGGCUCCUCAGAGUGGGACUGAUUUGACAUUUGUGUUGAAAAUUUCUAAAAUUUAGUUUGCUGUGUCAGCUCCUUUGAUUCCCAUAGUUUUUCUUGAACACCACAAAAGCUAACCUAUUCUAGCCCGACAUCUGCUCCUGAUCUAUCAUUUAUGUCAGUGGUGCCACCCAAGUAGGUGCAUUCCCAGUGCAAACUCCACAUGGUUCAGCAAAGAAUCUACAGAUGCUCUUUAAUGUCUUCAAGUUGUUUUUUUCAAGACUCUCUCUCUCUUCACAUUUCCAUCUUCUUUUUUGUAAAUUUUGUUUUUUUGCAUAUGUGACUGAGCUUGCAUUCUCGUGGUCACCUGUAAGGUCACAUCUGAGUUGUGUCAACAUCACAUCUGCUUUGUUCAGUGACUGAGCUGGCAUUCUUAUGGUCACCUGUAAGGUCACAUCUGAGUUGUGUCAACAUCACAUCUGCUUUGUUCAGUGACUGAGCUGGCAUUCUCGUGGUCACCUGUAAGGUCACAUCUGAGUUGUGUCAACAUCACAUCUGCUUUGUUCAGUGACUGAGCUGGCAUUCUCGUGGUCAUCUGUAAGGUCACAUCUGAGUUGUGUCAACAUCACAUAUGCUUUGUUCAGUGAACUGCAUGAUAAAAAGGGGGCGGGGGCUGUAUGAGAGUUGUAGGAAUUUGGGGAUUAAAAAAAAAAAUUGAAUUCUUAUAGGUAGCAAAUUAAAUAUUAAAUUAAAUUAAAAAAUUUUUUUUUUAAAUUGUAUCAUAGACGAGUUUAAACCACUAAAAAGUAUAAAAUAAUAUAAGCUUUCUUAAAAUAAAAAUAAAAAGUCUGUUUAGAAAAUAUUUUAAGUAUUGCCCACAUUCAGUUUCAAUCCUUUUGGUUCAUAGAGUGCUAAUCAGCACUUCUGCAAAGUGUUUCUUUGGGUAAUGCAUUUUAAGAAAUUUUUAAAAAUAAAUCUUCUUUUUAGUGGUUUAAACUCAUCUUUGAUAGAAAGUCUCUUUUAAAAUUUUUAAAUUAAUAAAUGCCCUAACAUUUUUUUCUUGUAAGUCUACUCGAUAAAUAGCUUUUAGAAACAGCACCAGUAAAUAAAUAGUAACUAAAAUAUUUAUUGUAAUAAUUAUUGUUUGUCUUCAAGCCGUUUUCCAAUACCUACCCAAAUCUCUUUUUAUGCUCUGCCUUUACACGUUUUAAAUCUUUUGAAAAAAAAACUAUAAAAUAAAUACUUUGACAUUUUUAGAAGGAGUUUACAGAGCUAUUUACAACAAAAUUGAUUGCCAAAAAAUAAAGCAGAAAUAUUAUUAUACAAUACCUUGAAUGAUUGAUUGUAUAAAUAAGCAGCUGUGAUUAAUUUGCAGUGAAUAGACACAUUUUUUCAGUGAAGAACAUUAACAAAUAUGCCAAACAUGUGUUUAGUUCUGUACAAAAGAAAUUGCAUUCAUUGUAGAUCUAAUUUUAUUUCACAUUAAUUUGAUAAGGUCAUUGGUACGUUAGUAUUAAAAUUAUUUCUUCAAUGUUAACUUGUAGAUCUUGAUGAGACCUAACCGCUUUAAUCAUGUGUUUAGUUCUGUACAAAAUAGAUUGCAUUCAUUGUAGAUCUAAUUUUAUUUCACAUUAAUCUGAUAAGGUCAUUGGUACGUUAGUAUUAAAAUUAUUUCUUCAAUGUUAACUUGUAGAUCUUUAUGAGACCUAACCGCUUUAAUCCCCCCCCCCCCCCUUUUUCCCCGCAGGUGGCCAUGUGUCAGAUAAUCCAUGAGUCGGUGACCAUAAACUCUCUGCGUUUUCUAGAAGAAAUGUCCAGACACAACUAUGUUACCCCAACGUCUUACCUGGAGCUGCUGGGCCUGUUCUCACAGCUGGUCAGCAAGAAGAAAGGGGAACUAACUCUAGCCAGCAUGAGACUUAAAACUGGUUUAGACAAAGUAGGAUCUAGUUUUUUAAAAAUAAUUUUUAAUUGCUAAUCAAACUGAGGCUUGCGAACAUAUUGCAAAAAAAACCCAAAAUAACACAUAUUUAUUCCAGAAUGGAAGGUUACACCUGAAUUUGAAAUGCAUAAACUUUCUACUAAAGUACUUGUAGCAUUUGCCAUUUUACAAAAUGAAAUUUGACAACCAGAAAUUUCAUUUUAAUAUAUUGAAUAAUACAAGGAAUGAUUAAAGUAACAGCAGUUUUGUGUUUCUUGUAGUUAAAAUUACCUUUUAUUAAAAACCAAGGUUUUAGCCACUGUAUAGGACUUCAUUAAGCUUUUGUUACCCAAAACACCUGUUAAAUCUUGUUCUGUGUGCAGCCAAGAAUUGAACUCUGUAAGAAGCUUUUAAGGGAAUAGAUGCCUGGGGCAAGUGAAAGGGUCCAACAUUUUGAGCUGGAUGCCUUGGCAAGUGAAGGGGCCCACCAUUUUGAGCUGGACCUCUUGGCAAGUGAAGGGCCCAACAUUUUGAGCUGCGUGCCUUGGCAAAUGAAGGGGGACACCAUUCUAAGCUGGAUGCCUUGGCAAAUGAGGAGGCCAACCAGUUUGAGCUGGAUGCCUGGGUAGUGGAAGGGCCUGCCAUUUUAAGCUUCCAUUGUUUAGAAUAGCUCAGAGUUUGUUUAGUGUCACAGUUUGAAGUGAGCUGUUUGAACAUUUCAGAUUUUGGUAACCACCAAGGAGGUGGCUAAGCUACAAGAGGAACUGGCUGUGAUGAGUCCAGAGUUGGAGAAAGCUGUGAAAAUAGCCAUAGUCACAAUGGAGGAGAUAUCUAAAGACACAGUCAGUAGUUGGAUUAUUACUGCUUAUUAUUGGCUCAAAACUUUUACUUUAUUCAGUUUUCAGAGAAUGCAUGAUUCAAAUGAUGAAGAUUUCUUAAAAUAAAUUAUUUUAUUUUGGUUAUACAAAGAAUUAAGAAUAUUUAUCUGAACUAUCAGGGGUAAUGAAUAAAAUAUGAAAAUUUCUUACCAUUUUAGAUUUAGCAUUUAAAGAUAAAGACAAAAUGGCAGGAAUUCUGCCACAAAAAACAAUUAUUAUAACUCCCUUUUGAGUCCAACACAGGGAUAACCUUGCCCUCUGACUGAAAAUAGUAAACAUUGUAAGGAAUGAAAGGCCUACAUGAUCACACGCCUACAUUUGUAUCCCACCUUACAACACCGAAAGAGAGCACCUCUUUACCCACCUUUUUAAAUGUCUGACUGACAGGCUAUUGCUGAGGAGACAAAGCAACACGUCCAAGCUGAAGAGAAGCUGGCAUCCAUGAAAGCCAUGGAGACUGAAGCUAUAGCAGCUGAUGCACAGAAAGAUUUAGCUGAAGCCCUGCCUGCUUUGGUAAGGACGGAAAACGUCAGUUCCCUUACUUGUGGCCUCAACGAAAAUGAAAUAUGUCAGUUCCCUUACUUGUGGCCUCAAUGAAAAUGGAAUACAUCAGUUCCUUUACUUGUGGCCUCAAUGAAAAUGAAAUACGUCAGUUCCCUCACUUGUGGCCUCAAUGCAAAUGAAAUACGUCUGUUCCCUCACUUGUGGCCUCAAUGCAAAUGAAAUACGUCUGUUGUCUUAUUUGUCUUCUUGUCAGUCUUUGAUACACACCAACCUUGAUCUUGUGUGGGGGGGGGGCUUCAUAUUCCAUAGCAUCACCCAGGGGGAGGUUUUCAAUUUUAUGUUUAUUAAUUUAUGUCAUUGAUAUUUUUAAAUUGGGGGGGGGGGCUUCAUAUUCCAUAGCAUCACCCAGGGGGAGGUUUUCAAUUUUAUGUUUAUUAAUUUAUGUCAUUGAUAUUUUUAAAUUAGUUAUUCAAAGAGUUGGUUCACAUUAAGUAGGUGUUUACCUCUCAUGUUGCCCCAAUGAGAGCCAUAUAAAGAUUAUGCUUUGUUCAGGUUGAUAUGUUGCCCCAAUGAGAGCCAUAUAAAGAUUAUGCUUUGUUCAGGUUGAUAUAUUGCCCCAAUGAGAGCCAUAUAAAGAUUAUGCUUUGUUCAGGUUGAUAUAUUGCCCCAAUGAGAGCCAUAUAAAGAUUAUGCUUUGUUCAGGUUGAUAUGUUGCCCCAAUGAGAGCCAUAUAAAUAUUAUGCUUUGUUUAGGUUGAUAUGUUGCCCCAAUGAGAGCCAUAUAAAGAUUAUGCUUUGUUCAGGUUGAUAUGUUGCCCCAAUGAGAGCCACAUAAAGAUUAUGCUUUGUUCAGGUUGAUAUGUUGCCCCAAUGAGAGCCAUAUAAAGAUUAUGCUUUGUUCAGGUUGAUAUGUUGCCCCAAUGAGAGCCAUAUAAAGAUUAUGCUUUGUUCAGGUUGAUAUAUGUUCAACUCUCGUCAACGCCCUGGCCGCUGAUCUUUAUUCAGCUUGCAGAAGCGCUAUUGCCGCCAAAAAAUUUAUAUAUUUCAAUCUUUUACCACUGCCUUGGACCAUAAAAUAAUGGUUGCUGUGCCUGAAUUUAUAAAUGUUCAAGCCAACCAAUGAACUGCAUACACCCCCAUGCUGAUGCUAGCAAUCAGAUUUUGUAAAGAAAUUACAAAAAACUGUUAUUAUGUUGCCAAAAUGUUUAUUAUUCCCAAUACGCUUUCUAGAACAACUUUGUUGAAAUUGUUAUUUUAAAAAAAAACUUUGAUACUCUGUAAUUACAAUUGGUCCUGCUGCUUACUUGCAGGAAUCGGCUCUGUCCAGUUUGAAGUCACUGAACAAAAAUGAUGUGACAGAAGUGAGAGCGCUACAGAGGCCGCCACCUGGUGUCAAACUGGUGAUGGAGGCAACAUGCAUCAUGAAACAGAUCCAACCCAAGAAAGUGGCAGGAGAUAAGGUCACAAUCACAUACACCAUCAUCUGCUUUAGAUAAGGUCACAAUCACAUGCACACACCAUCAUCUGCUUUAUAUAAGGUCACAAUCACAUACACCAUUGUCUACUUUAUAUAAGGUCACAAUCACAUACACCAUUGUCUACUUUAGAUAAGGUCACAAUCGCACACACCAUCAUCUGCUUUAGAUAAGGUUACAAUCACAUACACCAUCAUCUUCUUUAGAUAAGGUCACAAUCACAUACACCAUCAUCUACUUUAGAUAAGGUCACAAUCAUAUACACCAUCAUCUGCUUUAGAUAAGGUCACAAUCACAAACAUCAUCAUCUGCUUUAGAUAAGGUCUCAAUUACAUUCAUCUACUGGAGAGAGGGCACAAUUACAUCAAUCAUCCACUGGAGAUAUGGUCACAAUGGCAUAUAUCCUUAUCUUAACAAAAAUACACACAUUCCAGUCUGCAUUUUUAUAUUUCAUGACACAACUUCAAAAUAAAAAAUUGUCAUUGCUGUUAAAUAGAGCAUCUUGUUACUACUAUCCAUCUAAUUAUUUGACAUAUGACAUUAUUUUAGCAUUAAAUCUCACUUUUUAUCACAUUAUUUUAAAUAUGACAGAAUAAUUCAGGAAUUAGCUUUAUUUAUUACAAUAGAGCAAUUUUUCAAUAAAAUUUCAACAAAACUUCUUCACGUAGAGAUAUAGCUCUUAGCAUUUCUCUUAAGCACAUCAACCAUAAGGGACCUGUGUCUUUUCUAGCAGUCCCAACAUUUGGUAUACAUUCUUCAGGCAUAAUACCCCCCCCCCUAUUUUUUUUUUUAGGUGGGGGAGAUUCAGUAAUGAUCAAAUGUAUAACCAUCUCCUCCUCUGACUACAGCCAGGUACAAAAGUUGAUGACUACUGGGAAGUGGGUAAAGCUCAGCUUCAAGAUCCCCAGAAGUUCCUGGACAGCCUGUUCCAGUAUGACAAAGACAACAUUCCUAACGAGGUCAUCAAGAAGAUAACACCAUACAUUAACGAUCCAAACUUUACACCCCAAGCCAUUGCCAAGGUUUGCUUCAGUACAGAUAAUGCAUUGAUAUGGCAACGAUUAACCACUUUGGAAGAAAUUGGCAACUUUUAAAAUGUUUACAGACAAAUACAUUUUUCAAGGAGGGUGUUAACUCUUUGGCUGUGGCACAACACACAGUGCAUUCAUCCGGCACAACACACAGUGCGUUCAUCCGGCACAACACACAGUGCGUUCAUCCGCCAUUCUCAAAAGCACGGACGAAUGCGCUCCGAGUUGUUUCAGUGUCAUGUUUGUUUCUUUACUAUUUCUCUGUUAAACUUUUUAAGAGCUACUUUUAAAUAAGACUUUUACAUAAAGGAGUCGUACUUCAAUGUUUAUAAGUGAAACCAAGGUUUAUUUGUUGUCAUUUGAAGCGUUAUUUUAAUGAUUUUCUUCACAUUUUUUUCUACUGUUGCUAUGGCUACCCUAGUAGGUGAGUAACUUUCCUAGACGAUUAACAGCUCAAAAAUCUUUGGAAUUGUUUUAUACUAUUUCUUUUGAUAGUGAAGAUGAAUUAUCUUUAGAUCUAUUGCAUGAUUCCGAUAGUAGUAGUUUUAGAGCAUUUGAGUCAUAGAAGUGAAGAUGAGGUAUGCGAACAAUCAUAGGUUUUGGAGAAAAAAUGGAUUAGCAUAUAAUGUUUUCACAUUUUAUGGUUCUUUUCUCUUACUAAUUUUAUUUAAACUGAAGAAAUAAGUUUACAAACAUAUAGCCCUUUCAAUUAUCUUUCAUUUGAUACCAAGAUUAGUCUUAUAAACAACAAAAUAAUAUUUUAAAUAUUUUUUCAUAAACCCAACCUCUUACCCCUUAUUGCUCUUUGAAAAAAAAUGUACAUUUUUUCUAUUAAAAAAUUCCGCAGCAAAAGAGUUCAAAGAUUUUUUAUUAGAUCUUGUGACAAAAAUUAACAUUUUUACAGUUAAAAAUUAAUAGAGGAUAUGUGGGAAGCCUUAGAUCUUCAAUAAGAAAACUUGAUUGUAUGCUCAGAGCGUCACAGCAAAAGUAUCUCUAAACUCAUUCAAAAUAAUAAUACCUUCCUUAUGAUUAUGUCAGCCAGUUGAAUUUAUCUUGUCCUAAUUUUGCACUCAAGGUUUCAAAAGCUUGCACCUCCAUCUGCCAGUGGGUCGGCGCCAUGUACAAAUACCACUUUGUGGCCAUCACGGUCGGGCCCAAGAGGGAGAAGCUGAAGCUGGCCAUGGAGGAGCUAGCUGCCACGGAGAAAGUCCUGGCAGACGCCAAGAAGAUGCUGUAUGACGUUGAGACUGGCGUGGCCAGGCUUCAGAAGAAGUACAAUGACAGCAUGAACAAGAAGAGGGUGCUGGAGGACAAGUGUAAACUCUGUGAGAGUCGCCUGGAUCGGGCCGACAAGGUCAGCUCUGAGCUUCUGGUGACACCUUAGGAUAGUAUUAAUUGUCAGGCAUGGGCUGGUGGGUAGUCUGUAGCACUGAGAUACUACAUCAGGUAUAAAAAACAUAAACCUACACCUGAAUGUUUUACAGAUGACCUUUGCACUUUGUUCUUGACAGGACUUUUUUUCUUGGUCACCAAGUUCUGAUUUGUAAAAAUAGUUUUCAUCCAAUGAAUUUAGAACAAUUUAUAAAUCCAUUUGAGAAAAGGGAUAGAGAUGUCAUUUACAAUUUUAUUGGACAUCAUGUGCUGGCAUGGCAUUAAAAAAAUAAACAGCUUUAAGAAUGUCACAUGACUUAAGGGACGAAAAGAAGUAGGAAAAUAUAGUGAAUAGGUAUUUCUGACGGUUAGAAUACUGCCUGCGGGGGUCCCAGAUCUCUUUAUGAUGGCACCAAGAAGUUAUGGUCACCACCAUCAUCACUGGCACUGUAGGUUAGAAUACUGCCUGCGGGGGUCCCAGAUCUCUUUAUGAUGACACCAAGAAGUUAUGUUCACCACCAUCAUCACUGGCACUGUAGGUUAGAAUACUGCCUGCGGGGGUCCCAGAUCUCUUUAUGAUGACACCAAGAAGUUAUGUUCACCACCAUCAUCACUGGCACUGUAGGUUAGAAUACUGCCUGCGGGGGUCCCAGAUCUCUUUAUGAUGACACCAAGAAGUUAUGUUCACCACCAUCAUCACUGGCACUGUAGCCCAUGGGAAGCUCCGGCCCUCUUCACAACAUCCUUUCUUGUCCAUGAAUGGGCCCAGCGCUGAUAUGAGUCAUCCGCCUUCACAUCAUCUGUCCGUCUCUUUCUGAGUAUGUGUAUUAGAAUAUUUGCUUUCCGCUGCCCAUAGCUAUUACAGUUUGUUCCUUUAUUUGGCUUUUCUCAACAGUUGAUCAACAGUUUAGCAGAUGAGAAAGACAGAUGGGGCGACUCUAUCAGCAAUUAUGAGAGGCUGAUUUUUAAUGUCUCUGGAGAUGUGCUGAUAUCUGCUGCUUUUGUUGCUUACCUCGGACCUUUCACA